AUGUCGGAUAUGAAGAAAUAUCAAUUGUUUUCUGGAGAGAACAUACCACCAUCUACAACCCAUCUACAGUUGUCACCAACCACUGUGACCAUUUCGGCAACGCGCCCGCAGGGACAGCUGCAAGCAGAGCAACAGAAAUCAGUGGAACUCUCCGUGUCGUUGGGUGAGGCUCAGCAUCGUAUGGCACAUCUGGAAGAAAGUCAGGGCGGUGCUGCUGAGGCAUUACGAGAGGCCAAGGUGCGCGAGCUACAAGAGCGCGCGCAAGUGGCAGAGGAGAAGUUGCUGGAAGCCCAAUCCAUGCGCGACAUGUUCGCCAAGGAGACGGAGAUGUACCGAAACGAGCUGAAGGUGAGCCGUGACGAAAAGACUUUGCUGGAAGAGGACCUGAAGCAGUUGCAGGAUGCGAGACCUGCAUGUUCUGAGUUGAAAGAUCAACCUGCGGCUGUGCAACAGAACAGGCUGGCCUCGCGCUCCCUGUUGUGGCACUGGCGGCAAGGCGGACGAGCAGCUUUUUGGUGGCAUGGCUGGGGGUCUUCCACGUCCAAGCGACCUCGUCUCCGCAGUCUAGAGCCGAGCUCGUUUCCCGCGGCCACGCCGGUGGCACUUCAACCACGGCAAUUUCAACCAGCUCAGCUACAGCCCACUGCAAUGGAUCAGAAGCCAUGCCAGUCAGAGGAUUGGAGAGAAAACAAGUUGGCGGCACUUCGCCAGUACUUGGAGGAGCAUGGCGGGCGCGCCGAAAAGCUGGAGGGCUGGAGCGUGAAAACGGAGGUUCGAAAGACUGGCAACUCAGCCGGACAUUUGGACCUGUAUUGGUUCUCCAAAAGCGGCCGGCGCUUUCGCUCCAUGGCAGAGGUGGCGCGACAUUUCGGUCUCACUUAG